AUGCAGGAGGGAGCACUGGCCAGCUCUUCCGUGAGGCCGGAGGCAGCCACACCACCCCGGGGCACCCAGGCCAGAUGUGAAGCUAGAAUGAACUUGCUGGGUGAAGGGGGAAUCUGCAAGCUACCAGGAAGACUCCGCAUCCAGCCAGCACUCUGGAGCAGGGAGGACGUGUUGUACUGGCUGCGCUGGGCUGAGCAGGAGUACUCUCUGCAGUGCACUGGGGAGCAUGGGUUUGAGAUGAACGGCCGAGCCCUCUGCAUUCUCACCAAGGAUGACUUCCGGCUUCGUGCACCUGGUUCAGGUGACGUCCUCUAUGAGCUGCUCCAGUACAUCAAGACCCAGAGGCAAGCCCUGGUGUGUGGACCCUUUUCUGGAAGGGCCUUCAGGCACAAGGUGUCCACUCAGUGCUGCCCCUGCCUCUUGGAAGAGGGGACUGGGCCACUUCCGUUGGCUCCCGGAAGCAAUCUCCUGCAGCAGCCAUCACACCUGGGGCUGGCCAGCUCCUCAAGUCCCCUGGCCAAGUGGCCCCUCAGCAGGGAGGAGUCCCUCAACGUAUCACACUGUGCGGAGCUGGGCUGCAGGGCUAAGGGAGCCUGCUCCUUCCCCGCCAUGCCACAGGCCCCCAUCGAUGGCAGGAUCGCUGACUGCCGGCUGCUGUGGGAUUAUGUGUACCAGCUACUCUCUGACCCCAGGUACGAGCCCUACAUCCGGUGGGAAGACAAGAAUGCCAAGAUCUUCAGAGUUGUGGAUCCAAACGGGCUUGCCAGACUCUGGGGAAACCAUAAGAACCGGGUGAACAUGACCUAUGAGAAGAUGUCUCGUGCCUUGCGCCACUACUAUAAGCUGAACAUCAUUAAGAAAGAACCCGGGCAGAAACUCCUAUUCAGAUUUCUGAAGACACCCAGCAAGGUCAGCCAGGAUGAGGACAGCCGCCUGGAGCAGCCAGAGAGCCAGCAUCAGGACAGGAUGGAUUUCAAGGAGAAGAUGCUGGAAGUCUCUCCGUGA